CCGCCCGGGCGGUGUUUUCUGGCGGACGCGGCUUUCAUGGGGGGGAAUCUUCUCAGCGGAGCAAAGCGGAGCGGCUGAAAACAAGCCGUGGGGGAGGAGGCGGAGGGAAGCGCCUCCCGCUGGAGUUGGGAACCCACCAUGGACGACCAGGGCUGCCCCCGCUGCAAGACCACCAAGUACAGGAAUCCCUCCCUCAAGCUGAUGGUCAACGUCUGCGGGCACACGCUAUGCGAGAGCUGCGUGGAGCUGCUGUUUGUCCGGGGGGCCGGGAACUGCCAAGAAUGCGGCACCCCCUUGCGGAAGAGCAACUUCAGAGUGCAACUCUUUGAGGACCCAGCCGUUGACAAGGAGGUGGAAAUCCGGAAGAAGGUGUUGAAAAUAUACAAUAAAAGAGAAGACGACUUCCUCAGUCUAAGGGAAUAUAAUGAUUUCCUGGAAGAAGUCGAAGAAAUCGUGUUCAACCUGACCAACAACAUCGAUCCAGAGAAUACGAAAAAGAAAAUGGAGAUGUACCAGAAGGAGAACAAAGAAGUCAUUCAGAAAAAUAAGAUCAAACUGUCUAGGGAGCAAGAGGAGCUGGAAGAGGCGCUGGAAGUGGAGCGGCAGGAGAACGAGCAGCGGCGGCUUCUCAUACAGAAGGAAGAGCAGAUGCAGCAGAUGCUGAAACGGAAGAACAAGCAGGAGCUUCUGGAUAAACUGGAGAGUUCUCAUCUGCCCGCCUCGUUGCUGCUCGCCCAGCACAAAGAUCGGUCCACGCAACUAGAAAUGCAGCUGGAGAUUCCCAAGCUGGUCAAGCCGGUCGCGUUCUCGACGGGCAUCAAAAUGGGUCAGCAAAUUGCUUUAGCGCCUGUUCCGAGGAUCAAGGAAGUACUCUACGAAUAUCAGCCACUGCACGUAGAAACGUAUGGGCCGCCGGUCCCGGAGGCCGAAUUGCUGGGAAAACAUGGGUAUCUAAACCACGUCCGAGCCGCCUCCCGACAGGAUCUGGCCGGUGGCUACACUUCCUCUCUCGCCUGUCAUCGAGCCCUUCAAGAUGCCUUCAGCGGGCUCUUUUGGCAUCCCGGCUAGCCUGGGAGACAGCAGGCCCCCAAAGCGGUGUGAGCCGAGAGAAGAAACCUCGGGCGAAAAUUGCUGCCGUCUGGGCUCCAGCGAAGCUGCCGUCGUCUUUCUUUCUUUUAUUGGGAAGCCAGCUGUGCCAAAGUAUUAAGACUACGUGCAAAGAAACUCCCUCUUUAACAACACGGAUGGUUGGGGUUUUUUUAGGGCGGUGGUGGGGGGAAAAGGGGGGGAGGACUGCUAGAGUCAAGUUUGCUGAAAAGAGGCUAACAGAAGAUGAGAACGAUUCGGUUUUGCGUGUUUGAGGUUUCGGGGACGAGACGUGUAAAAGUUUUAAAAUA